AUGGCAGGCGAGGGCUCCGCGGCAGCUGUAGGGGAGGCUGCUCCAGAGGCGGCUGCUGCAGGGGCGGCUGCUGCAGUGGCGGCUGCUCCAGGGGCGGCUGCUGCAGGGGCGGCUUCUCCAGGGGCGGCUGCUGCAGGGGCAGCUGCUCCAGGGGCGGCUGCUGAAGGGGCGGCUGCUCCAGGGGCGGCUGCUGCAGGGGCGGCUGCUCUAGGGGCGGCUACUGCAGGGGUGGCUGCUCCAGGGGCGGCUGCUGCAGUGGCGGCUGCCCCAGGGGCGGCUGUUGCAGGGGCGGCUGCUCCAGGGGCGGCUGCUACAGUGGCGGGUGCUCCAGGGGCGGCUGCGGUAGUGGCGGCUGCUGCAGGGGCGGCUACUGCAGGGGUGGCUGCUCCAGGGGUGGCUGCUGCAGUGAUGGCUGCUCCAGGGGCGGCUGCUCCAGGGGCGGCUGCUGCAGGGGUGGCUGCUCCAGGGGCGGCUGCUGCAAUGGCGGCUGCUCCAGGGGCGGCUGCUUCAAAGGCGGCUGCUGCACGGGAGGCUGCUCCAGGGGCGGCUGCUGCAGUGGCGGCUGCUCCAGGGGCGCCUGCUGCAGUGGCGGCUGCUCCAGGGGCGGCUGCUUCAGGGGCGGCUGCUCUAGGGGCGGCUGCUGCAGGGGAGGCUGCUCCAGGGGUGGCUGCUACAGUGGCGGCUGCUCCAGGGGCGGCUGCUGCAGUGGCGGCUGCUCCAGGGCGCGGGUUACGGCAGGGCGCGGCGGGUCAGGGCAGGGGUGACGCCACACGGGUCCCGCAGGGGCGCCGCGACGCACAGGAGCCGCGCCUCGCGGGUCCCGCAGGGGCGUCGCGACGAGGCGGGGGCGACGCGACGGGGCCGCGACUGGCGACGGGGCGGGGCCGUGACUGGCGACGGGGCGAGGCCGCGACUGACAACGGGGCGGGGCCGCGAUUGGCGACAGGGCGGGGCCGCUACGGGCAGCGGGGCGGGACCGCGAAAGGGCCGCGAAGGGAGCCGCGAGGGGGGCCGUGA